AUGAGGCAGUCGACGAGCCAUCUCUUUUCCCUAUUUCUUCUAUUCCUCAUCUCUCUUGGUGACGCCUACAAAAACUACGAAUCCAGUCGCAGCCGGCAAGCUGUCGGAUAUCAUAUUGAAAAUGUAAUGAAACUGCGUUGCCAUCAAUGCAAUCAACCGCACGACUGUUCAACAGGACUCUGUUACGGUGAUAUUUGUGUCAAGUCGCUUGUGAAUAAUCACUAUGUGAGCAAAGGUUGCGAGAAUCUAACGAUAUCCAGCAGUGUUUAUGAGCCACAUCUCAAAAUGAGAACUUACUGCAAAGAAGAAGAGGUUCUUGGAGUGGAUACUAUCAACUGUUACUGCCGAGAUUCUGACUUCUGCAACUCUUCUCCCUACUUCUUCAACCUCUUUUCAAUGUUUGCUUUUCCUCUACUCUUACGGUUAUAA